GUGGAGCAGUCCAAGGUGCUGAUUAAAGAGGGUGGAGUUCAGCUGCUGCUCACCAUCGUGGACACGCCAGGGUUCGGAGAUGCUGUGGAUAACAGUAACUGCUGGCAGACCGUCAUCGAUCACAUCGACAGCAAGUUUGAGGAUUAUCUCAACGCAGAGUCACGUGUCAAUCGACGCCUGAUGCCUGACAGCCGAGUGCACUGCUGUCUGUACUUCAUCGCCCCCUCUGGUCAUGG